AUGCUGCAUCUCAAAGUCCAGUUUCUGGAUGACUCCCAGAAGAUCUUUGUGGUGGAUCAAAAGUCCUGCGGGAAAGGGCUCUUCAACCUCACCUGCAGCCACCUCAACCUUGUGGAGAAGGAGUACUUUGGGCUGGAGUUCCGCAGCCAGGCUGGCAACCAGGUCUGGUUGGAACCUCUCAAACCCAUAACAAAGCAAGUCAAAAAUCCUAAGGAGGUUCUUUUCAAAUUUAUGGUGAAAUUUUUCCCAGUGGACCCCGGCCACCUGAGAGAAGAGCUGACCAGGUACCUCUUCACCCUCCAGAUCAAGAAGGACCUGGCCCUGGGGCGGCUGCCCUGCAGCGACAAGAGCGCGGCGCUGCUCGUCUCCCACCUGCUGCAGUCCGAGCUAGGUGACUUCCACGAGGAGACAGACCAGCAGCACCUGGUGACACACAGGUACCUGCCCAACCAGGAGUAUCUGGACAACAAAAUCCUGCACUACCACCGCAGGCACAGCGGGAAGACGCCGGCCGAGUCGGACGUGCAGCUGCUGGACGUGGCCAGGAAGCUGGAGAUGUAUGGGAUCCGCCCCCACCCUGCCAGCGACGGCGAGGGCACGCAGAUCAACCUGGCAGUCACACACAUGGGGGUGCUGGUCCUGAGGGGCAAUACAAAGAUCAACACAUUCAACUGGUCCAAGAUCCGCAAGCUGAGUUUCAAGAGGAAGCAUUUUCUCAUCAAGCUCCACCCAAACAUCUCUGCGCUGUGCAAGGACACGCUGGAGUUCACCAUGGCCAGCCGGGAUGCCUGCAAGGCUUUCUGGAAGACCUGUGUAGAGUACCAUGCCUUCUUCAGGCUGUCUGAAGAGCCCAAGUCAAAGCCCAAAGCCCUUCUGUGCAGCAAGGGCUCCAGCUUCCGCUACAGUGGGAGGACACAGAGGCAGCUGCUGGAGCAUGGGAGGAAGGCAAAGAUGAAGAGUCUGCCCUUCGAGAGGAAGCACUACUCAUCCCGCUAUGACGAGAGGCAGUGUCGCUCCUCCCCGGACCUCCUGACUGACGUCUCCAAGCAGGUGGAGGAGCUGCGCCUAGCCUACGGCAGCCGGGGGUCCUACCACGCCAACGGGGUGCACGCCUCCGAGCCCACGCUGGACAGCCGGCGCCGCAACUCUGCCCUGGAGGUGACCUUCGCUGCCGAGCUGGAGCGCUCCAAGCCCGAAGCAGCCCUCUCCUUCCUGCCUCACUCCAAAAGCUCCUCUGCCUUCCCCCUGCUCUACGCUGAGCUGGAGCUGGAGCGGGCAUGGGAGCCGGCUGACCCCUUCAGUGCCAGGAAACCCCUCACCUCCUUCCGCCCCCACCACCAGUUCUCCGGCAACAGCAAAAGCACCUCGGUGGGCAACAUGCGGGAGGUGAGCUCCCGGCCGCUGGUGUACACAGAUGUGCCAUGCCCCCAGCCUGCAGCCGCCACGGCCCCGCAGAUCCUCUUCUACCUGGACAAGCCCCCGCAGCCCCCGUGCCAUGCGCCGGUGCCCGGCGAGGAGGACGCAGCCAGUGGGUACAGACCUGUGGCUGCGCAGCCCCUCAGGCGGAGCCCCAGCGGUGCUUGGGCCAGGGAGCUGCACCGUGAGGCGGCUGGCACGGCGGUGGGCACGGCGGCGAGCACAAGCGUGGCCCCAGCGGGGGAGAGCAGACCGCUGGCUCGCUCCUUCGAUUACGGCCUCCAGGAGCAGCCUCCCAAGCGGUCGUGGAGCCAGUCGGACAUGAAAGCCAUCCGCUUCCCCUACGGCUCCGAGUUCAGGCCCCUGGGCCCGUGCCCGGCGCUGAGCAGCCGCAGGCUUGGCCUCUUUCGGCCGGGGCUGGGGCCGCGGCGCUGCGCCGAGCGCUACGUGGGCAGCAGCACCGAGUCCAGCGACUCGGACUCUGACCUCCUGGCCGCCGACUACUGCUCGCCCUACGGCCACCGGCUCCGCUCGCCCAUGGCCCGUGUGCGCCUCUCCUCCGGCAGCCUCCAGCUGGACGAGGAAGAGGAGGAGGUGUCCUUUGCCACCGGCGCUGCUGCCCAGGAGAGGACUUCCAGGGGCACCGGCAGGUAUUUCACCUAG